AUGGCACGUCGUCCAGCAAGAUGUUAUAGAUAUUGCAGGGGAAAACCAUACCCAAAGUCACGUUUCUGCCGUGGUGUACCAGAUCCAAAGAUUCGUAUUUACGAUGUUGGUAGAAAGAAAGCAGAAUGCGACGCUUUCCCAGCAGUAAUUCACUUAAUUUCUGAUGAAUAUGAACAGAUUUCUAGUGAAGCAUUAGAGGCUGCUCGUAUUUCAGCUAACAAGUACAUGAUUAAGUACUGUGGUAAGGAUAACUUCCACUUGAGAAUUAGAGUACACCCAUUCCAUGUACUCAGAAUCAAUAAAAUGCUUUCAUGUGCUGGUGCCGAUAGGCUCCAAACUGGUAUGAGAGGUGCUUAUGGUAAACCAACUGGUACUGCUGCUCGUGUAAAUAUCGGUCAGGUUUUAAUGUCCAUCAGAUGUAAGGAAGAUAAGACUCAGACUGCAGUAAUGGCUUUGAGAAGAGCCAAGUAUAAGUUCCCAGGAAGACAAAAGGUCGUUGUCUCAGAUAAGUGGGGUUUCACUAGGUUUACCAAGGAAGAAUAUCUCAAGUAUCAAGCUGAAGGCCGAAUUAUUCCUGAUGGAGUUAACUGCAAAUACAUUAGCUGCCGUGGAUCUCUCUCUAGAAUUUUCCCAGAAGCUGCAAAUAUUAAUAUUCCACUUGAUGACUAA